GCAGCUAGCAAGCGACCCGGAAGCCUCCCCAUCUCGGGGUCAUGAUGGGCAGCAAGAUGGCGUCUGCCAGCAGGGUCGUUCAGGUAGUCAAGCCACAUACUCCAUUAAUAAGGUUCCCUGACAGAAGAGACAAUCCUAAACCCAAUGUAUCAGAAGUUUUGAGAUCAGCAAGACUACCAUCUCACUCUUCUUCAAUUUCACAGCAUUCUAAGGGAAGUAAAUCACCAGAUUUGCUGAUGCAUCAGGGUCCACCAGACACUGCAGAAAUUAUAAAAACAUUACCUCAGAAAUACAGAAGGAAGCUUGUGUCUCAAGAAGAAAUUGAA